UUCAAAUUACAAAGAAGCGCGCGCGCAAGGGGCACGACAAUGAAAGACCAACUAUGGAGAUGGAGCUCCUUGGAAAGAAAAUGCUUAUACCUUCUCCAACAAGCCAACACUACACCACCCUCUCUUCUCCAAAUCCAUGCCUUCAUCCUCCGAAACGCCCUCGAAACCAACCUCAAUGUUCAUCACCACCUGCUCCUCCUCCCCCUCGCACCGAUCAAACACGCCCGCCGCGUCUUCGAUCACCGACCCAAUAAGCAUGACACGUUUCUCUGCAAUGCCAUGAUCAGAGCCCACAUGGCCCAAUUCGCCGAGUCUUUCGCUCUUUAUAGAGAUCUUAGACGGGACACGGGUUUCGAGCCGGAUGGGUACACAUUCACUGCUCUGGCCAAGUCGUGCGGGUUAGAUGGGGACAGAUCCGAAGGAGAAGAGAUUCAUUGUCAUGCUGUUAAGACUGGGCUGUCUUUGGAUUUGUAUGUUUCGACGUCUUUGGUUGACAUGUAUGUGAAGUUUGGGACGAUGGGUUCCGCAAGGAAGGUGUUUGAUGAAAUGACUGAGAGAAACAUAGUGUCGUGGACGGCUCUUGUUUGCGGGUAUGCGAGGACGGGAGAUAUGGGUAGUGCGAGGAGGCUUUUUGAUGAAAUUCCUGAGAGGGACUCGGCCGCGUUUAAUGCGUUGAUUGAUGGAUAUGUCAAGUUGGGGGAAAUGGGCUCGGCUCAAAGUUUGUUUGAUGAGAUGAGGGAUAGGAAUGUGGUGACUUGGACUAGUAUGAUAUACGGUUACUGCCAUCGAGGUGAUGUAGAGGCCGCUAAAUCACUCUUUGAUUCUAUGCCCAAGAAGAAUCUUAUUUCUUGGAAUGUGAUGAUUGGUGGUUAUUGCCAAAACAAACGUCCCCGUGAAGCCGUGAGAUUGUUUCAUGAAAUGCAGUCAACUACAUCGCUUGAACCAGAUGCUGUAACGGUUGUGAGCAUUCUUCCGGCUAUAGCUGAUUUGGGUGCUUUGGAUUUAGGGCAUUGGGUUCACGAGUUUGUACAGAGGAAGAAGCUUGAUAGGCUAACCAAUAUCUGCACUGCGCUUGUGGAUAUGUAUGCAAAAUGUGGUGAAAUAAAAAAGGCCAAAAGACUCUUUGAUGAGAUGCCUGAAAAAGAAACGGCUUCUUGGAAUGCUUUGAUAAAUGGGUUUGCAGUCAAUGGCUAUGGAAAGGAGGCACUGGAUGUAUUUUUAGAGAUGCAACGAGAAAAGUUUAAGCCUAACAAUAUAACCUUUGUCGGUGUUCUGUCCGCUUGUAACCAUUGUGGUCUGGUAGAGGAAGGGAAAUUUUGGUUUAGGAAAAUGGAAAACUUUGGGCUCAUUCCACAGAUUGAGCAUUAUGGUUGUAUGGUAGAUCUUUUAGGAAGGGCAGGGUGCUUGGAGGAAGCUGAGAAGCUGAUCAAGAGCAUGCCUUACGAUGUGAAUGGGAUAAUUUUAAGUUCCUUUCUUUUUGCAUGUGGGUAUUGUGAGGAUGUCAUGAGAGCCAACAAAACUUUAGAGCAGGCUGUCAAACUGGAGCCAUGGAAUUAUGGAAAUUAUGUUAUGUUGAGAAAUUUGUAUGCCAGAAACAGAAGGUGGAGUGAUGCAGAUAAUAUUAAGAGUUCGAUGCGGAAGAAUCAAGCAGAUAAAGAGGUUGGUUAUAGUGUUAUAGAGGUUGAUGGUAGAAUCAAGCAGUUUGUGGCUGGGGACAGGAUGUACACAUCUUCGGAAGCUAUACAUUUGACCUUGCUACAGAGUUGGAAGCACAUGAUGGGACAAGUCCCGUGUUCUAUGGCUAAGGUGUGAGUUGCAUGAGUCUGGGGAAAGAGAUUCUUUAUAAAACAGCCACAGCGUACAAUUUCAGUGUUCAUCAAUCUUGGUUUAUGUUUCAAGAAACUGCUUGUACACUUCAAAGGAUGGGUUAUACUUGCAGUCCCUUUGGGGGAUCUUUUUCAAAUGGCAGCCUGCAUAUAGAUACUUAGCAAUGCCAAUUGGAAGCUUAAGAUUGCUACUAAUUGUUCAAUGCGUGGGAAAAUUGAACACUUGUAAUUAGAUUUCCUGUGAACUUCCAUUCCUGUCUUACUGCACAUUUUGGAGAAUGGUACCAUAUCGAUCUAUAUAAAGAAUUUGAUUGAUUCUUGACUUGUACGGUGGUAUAUUGUAAUAUAGGUACUUCACAAACAAAAAAGAAAGGAAUAUAUGUGGGCAGCAACUGCAAGGAACCAUUUCCAUAUCAGAUACAGUAUGAAGACACAGUUUCACAGGCAUGCCUGAUGCCUUCCCAAGCUGAAGUUUCUUCCAAGCGAAUAACCAGAUUUCAAGGUCCGCAAAGAUGAUCAAUUAUGCAAUGGAACCGGUGUAUGAAAAGUUUAUACAGAAUUCAGAUACAGAGUUUGACGAGUUUCACGCUGCCAUGCUUGGUGUUUGCAGCGCAUUAAAUGCUGCUAUGCCCGGUAAACACUACAAUGUGCCCGGACUGGAGGAAGUAAAGGAAUUUCACAGUACAUGGAACAACUUACCGACUCAAAAAAAAAAGAGGGAGCAAUUCAUCCAGUUUGUGAAGGAUAAUGUGAGAGUUAACCAGGCUGAUACCGCUACCUUGUUGACAGGAGUACUGGCGCCUCCAGGGGCCAUGGCUGCUAAAAAAGCUGGGGAGAGUCUUCCCCAGCUGAAAAUGAUCAAGAACGUCCCGGACAUCCUCUUCGUGCCGACGGCAACAGUAGUAGCACUCAUUACUGUAAGGUUCUCCAAAAGACUUUUCAUGCGAAGCUAGCAACAGAAAAACAACCUACACAGAUUAGAAACAUGAUGGCCCCUUCUCCUUUGAUUAAGACCUGAGGUUGCUCUCCCCAAAUCCUUUAUUCACCCCAAAACAAAAGUCCAAUAAACUAUGUAUAAGAUUAUGGCAAUUGUGCAAAGUCUUUAUCAAUGUAAAUUAUUUGUUGGAAAUGUAUCCCAAAAAAAAUAAGAUUGUUAUAAUUGGUAUCUGCAAA